AAAGCAUCUUCCAACAUGGAGUCGAGCGGCUUGAAGCUGAGUUUCUGGGAGAACGGACCGAAGCCCGGGCAGCUCUACUCGCUGGCCGGCGGCCGCAGCGGGCCGGCCGCCCCCUGCCGGCCGGUCAAACACACACUGAACCCCAUGGUCACCGGCACCUCGGUGCUCGGUGUGAAGUUCAGCGGUGGCGUCAUCCUCGCGGCCGACAUGUUGGGCUCCUACGGCUCGCUGGCUCGCUUCAGGAACAUCUCGCGCCUCAUGAAGGUGAACGACAACACCAUCCUGGGAGCUUCGGGGGACUACGCCGACUACCAGCACCUGAAGCAUAUCAUCGAGCAGAUGGUCAUCGACGAGGAGCUGCUGGGCGACGGCCACAGCUGCAGCCCCAAGGCGCUGCACUCCUGGCUCACCAGGGUGAUGUACAACCGGCGCAGCAAGAUGAACCCGCUGUGGAACACCGUGGUCAUCGGGGGCGUGUACGGCGGCACGAGUUUCCUGGGUUACGUGGACAAGCUGGGCGUUGCCUAUGAGGCGCCCACCGUGGCCACGGGCUUUGGAGCGUACCUGGCCCAGCCUCUGAUGAGGGAGGUGGUGGAGAACAAGGAGGAGAUCUCUCAGCAGGAGGCCCGUGAGCUGGUGGAGCGAUGCCUCAAAGUUCUGUACUACAGAGACGCUCGCUCCUACAACAAGCAUGAGAUCGCCAUAGUAACGGAGGCGGGCGUGGAGAUCGUUGGUCCUCUGUCCUCUGAGACCAACUGGGACAUCGCUCACAUGGUCAGCGGGUUUGAAUGAAGACGAGCUGAUGAAGACGAGCGGCAUCUACGGUGACGCCUGCAAUUUAUCUGUCAGUUUAUUUAGUUUUUUCUGAUGUUCAUUGUAACUUUUGUAUCACGGAAAAUAAAUGUGGAAAAUCCUGAAA